AGCCACCCACUGCAGUGCACCGCCUGGCCGAGCCACCUGACGCCGAAACGACCAGCCUCUCCUGACUGCGAAGCAACAAAGCCCUGUGUCUAGGUCGUUUGAGAAACGCCUUGGAGAGUCAAGAAUAAAAUUGCAGGUCAAACAAUGGAUGACUGGAAAAGUCGGCUUGUAAUCAAGAGCAUGCUUCCCCAUUUCGCCAUGGUGGGAAAUCGUCAGGAGCCCAGAAAGCUCCAGGAAUCGGGAAAGAAGCCCUCGUGGAUGGAUGAAGAAGGAAAUUUAUCUUUUCUCUACAAAAGCAGCCCAGGAAGAAAGCAUCAGGGAACUGUUAAGAGGAGACAAGAAGAAGACCACUUCCAGUUUCCAGACAUGGCUGAUGGGGGCUACCCUAAUAAAAUUAAGAGGCCUUGCCUUGAAGAUGUCACCCUUGCUAUGGGCCCGGGAACCCAUCCUGGUACUGCCUGUGCAGAGCUGCAGGUCCCUCCAUUGACAAUGAAUCCUAGCCCUGCGGCUAUGGGAGUGGGGGGCCAGUCGUUACUGCUGGAGAACAACCCUAUGAACGGCAGCAUCAUGGGCGCACCAUUUGUGGUACCACCGACUACAGAGGUGGGACUGAAAGGGCCAGCUGUUCCUUACUAUGAGAAGACCAGCAACGUGCCGGCUGUAGACCAGGAACUCCAGGAGCUGCUAGAUGAGCUCACCAAAAUUCAAGACCCUUCUGUGAAUGAGCUAGAUCUUGAGAAGAUACUGGGGACCAAGCCAGAAGAGCCACUGGUUUUAGAUCAUCCCCAGGCAACCCUAAGCACAACUUCCAAGCCUUCAGUUCAGAUGUCGCACUUGGAGAGCCUGGCUUCCAGCAAGGACUUUGCUUCUAGCUGCAGCCAAGUUACUGGUGUGUCACUUCAGAUCCCACCCUCCUGCACGGGGAUCAGCUAUUCCAUUCCUUCCACCAGUAAGCAGAUGAUGUCACCGAGUUCUUCAAUGGCACAGUCCAAGAGCCAGGUCCAGGCCAUGCUCCCUGUCACUCUGCCCCCCUUACCAGUGCCUCAGUGGCAUCACGCCCACCAGCUGAAGGCAUUGGCAGCCAGCAAGCAGGGGUCUGCUACAAAGCAGCAGGGGCCCACGCCCAGUUGGUCUGGUCUGCCUCCUCCAGGACUGUCUCCACCUUACCGCCCGGUGCCAUCACCACACCCACCACCACUGCCGCUGCCAGCACCCCCACCCCCAUUCAGCCCCCAGAGCCUCAUGGUGUCCUGCAUGUCGUCCAACACCUUGUCGGGCAGCACUCUUCAAGGCUCUCCCAAUGCCUUACUGUCAAGCAUGACGUCCAGCAGCAAUGCUGCCUUGGGGCCCCCCAUGCCCUAUGCUCCUGAGAAGCUCCCCAGCCCUGCUCUCACUCAACAGCCACAGUUUGGCCCACAGAGCUCCCUUCUUGCCAACCUAGUGUCCUCUACCAUCAAAACCCCCCAAGGACACCUGAUGUCCGCUCUGCCCACCAGCAACCCUGGGCCGUCCCCACCCUAUCGCCCAGAGAAGCUCUCCAGCCCAGGCUUGCCGCAGCAGUCCUUCACCCCACAGUGCUCCCUGAUCCGAAGCCUCACCCCCACCAGUAAUCUUCUAAGCCAGCAACAGCAGCAGCAGCAACAGCAGCAAGCAAAUGCAAUCUUUAAGCCCAUGACCAGCAGCUCAUCCAAAACCCUGAGCAUGAUCAUGCAGCAAGGGAUGGCAAGCUCCAACCCAGGAGCCACAGAGCCAUUUACUUUUGGCAACACUAAGCCCUUGUCCCAUUUUAUUUCUGAGCCGGCUCCCCAGAAGAUGCCCUCCAUGCCUGCCACCUCUAGGCAGCCUUCCCUGCUCCACUACCUGCAGCAGCCGACACCAACACAGGCAUCUUCAGCCACUGCCUCCUCUACGGCCACCGCCACCUUGCAGCAGCAACAGCAGCCUGACCAUUCUUCAUUCCUUCUGCAGCAGAUGAUGCAGCAACCCCAGCGUUUUCAGCGAUCAGUGGCCUCAGAUCCCAUGCCUGUUCUGCCUAGACAGGGCUGUUGCCAUCUGUUUGCAUGGACUUCUGCAGCUAGCUCGGUGAAGCCCCAGCAUCAACACGGGAACUCUUUCACUAGCAGGCAAGAUCCUCAGCCUGGAGACGUGUCACCAGCUAUCAUUACUCAUGUAGACAAAGCCUGCAAGCUUGGGGAAGCCAGGCCCCCCAAGGUCAGCCUCGGGCGACAGCCCCCAUCCUGCCAGGCCCUGGGGAGCGAGUCCUUCCUGCCCGGCAGCUCGUUUGCUCAUGAGCUGGCCCGAGUCACCUCCUCGUACAGCACCUCAGAGGCAGCGCCCUGGGGCAGCUGGGAUCCGAAGGCCUGGAGGCAGGUGCCCGCUCCACUACUGCCUAGCUGCGACGCUGCAGCAAGAGAAACAGAGAUCAGGUCUUAUGGCAAUGACCCCUGAACGGCAGAAUGCAUAUAUCUCACAACAGAUGAGUCAAUUUCAAGCCGUCCAAGAACAAGUCACCUCCAAGUGUAGCCGGACCAAGGCAAGCCCCCCAUCUAGCCAGCACAUGAUGCCACCCAGAACUGGGCUCCUUCAGAACAAUCUGAGUCCAGAAAUUAUCCCACUUACCAGGCACCAGAGCUGCGAGGGCAUGGGAGUGAUCUCACCAAAUCUGGGGAAGCAGCAAGGAAUUUUUGCCUCCAGCCCCCAUUUUCCCAUGCCCUCACACUCGGGCCAGACUCCCCUAGACAGUCUUGGCUCUGUCUGCCAGCAUACGCAGAGUCCCAAGGCCACCCCACCAGAAGUGCCCCUGCCUGGGUUCUGUCCCAGCCCCCUGGGCACCCAGUCCUUGAGUCCCCACCAGCUCAGACAGCCUAGUGUGCCAAGAAUGCCCACUGUGUUCAACAAUUGUGUAUGGGUCACAGCGGCAGCAGCUGUGACCACAGCAGUUUCGGGGAAACCACCCCUGAGCCAAGUGGAUAAUAGCGUUCAGCAGCAUUUUGAUAGCAACUCCAUCUUUGCCAAGGCGCCUGUGACAGUGCCCCUGGUAGCCCCAGCGUUCCCAGCGCAGCAGGCAGUAGUGCCUCCCAAUCAGAUGGCCUCUGAGAGCAGGUCUGGCCAGAAGGUGAGUGCUGCUCUGGCCAACAACCCCAGCUUCAGCCUGCUGGGCAGCCAGAGACUCAGGCAGAGCCCCGUGCGGGGCCCAGUGCCUGUAGCAAACACCACCAAGUUCCUCCAGCAGGGUAUGGCCAGCUUUAGUCCCCUGAGCCCCAUACAGGGCAUCGAGCCACCAAGCUAUGUGGCUGCUGCUGCCACCGCUGCUGCUGCUUCUGCCGUUGCCGCCCGCCAGUUCCCAGGUCCGUUCAACAGAACGGGUACUCUCCUUGAGCUGCCACCUGCUGACUUUUUGCCCCAGUCCCAACCCCCACUAAAUGAUCUGAUUUCGCCACCUGACUGCAAUGAGGUAGAUUUCAUUGACGCUCUCUUGAAAGGCUCCAGUGUGAGCACAGAUGAAGACUGGGUGUGCAAUUUGAGGCUGAUUGAUGACAUUUUGGAACAGCAUGCUGCUGCACAGAUGCCACAGCCCAGAAUGCUAGACAAGUCACCCAAGACGCUGGGGCCCUUUAAAGCUGAGCAAGAUGCCCAUCGACACCCCCGUGUUGACAUCUCUCUGGGGAGUGGUGUCGAUCCAUUCCUGCAGUUGUCCCCCGUUACGGUUUGAGUGGUAUUGUCAGCCCAUGCUUAUCCUUCUCUACCUGUGACGAAAUGGAAAGCUGGUGAUUUUUCAAGCUAUGUGUACAUAUUUGAAAAUUUUGUAAAUGGUUUUCCUAAACAUUAAUGACAGAAGUAUUUAUACUUCGUUUGUGACUUUGUAAAUAAAGCGGCGGCUUUUGUUUCAGUAGAGUUGUGUUUACUAUGCAUUGUUUUGUGUUUAUUAUACAUUGUUACAAAUAUGCAGACUGUGUUGUUUGCUCCAGUGAUACCUUGUUAAGCUAGGUGGCUGAGUUGCUUAUGGUUUUGAUGCAAUGAGCAAUGUGGAUGUGACCAAGAGUUGUUGUGCAAGUUGACAAAUGCCAAAUAGAAAACCACUUGGCCAUUUAUUUCUAUGUUCACUAAAAACCCUAUUGCCUUGUGUGAUUCUUAAUCUCUCUUGCAAACCUUUCAGUCUCCGCUAGCUCUUUCCUAAUGAGCAUUUACAGCAGAAGCCGUUUUAUCGUUAAGUGCCCCACAGAGACACUUUACCAGGAGGCUGAGAGAGUUCUCCAGAUCUGGGAGAGGCGCAGAGAGAGCGUGUGAGCCAAGCACUGUCUUAGCAAUUCACCUUGAGGAGCUAGAGUAUCCUCCUCCCUUUACCAUUCAGACCGAAAGAAAAAGACCAGCUUGUGUUCACCCUCGCGGGGUGAAGGCGAGUUGUUCCUGGUUUAAAGCCUUUCAGUAUUUGUUUUGAUGUAAGGCUCUGUGGUUUGGGGGGGGGAACAUCUGUAAACAUUAAUAGUUGAUUUGGGGUUUGUCUUUGAUGGUUUCUAUCUGCAAUUAUCGUCAUGUAUAUUUAAGUGUUUGUUAUAGAAAACCCACAUCCACUGUCCUAUAAACUUUUCUCAGUGUCCAGACUUUGUGUAAUCACAUUUUAAUUGCCACCUCGUAUUUCGCUCUACAUUUGAAAUCUGGCGUCUGUUUCGAGCCAGUGUGUUUUUUCUUCAUUCUGUAAUAAACAGCCAGGAGACAAAUG